AUGCAAGAACAUGAUUUAAUUCAACAAGAUAUUGAAUUAUCAAUAGAUAAUGAUUUAUUAUUGAAAGAAAUCGAUAAAUGGGAACAAGAAUCUAUGAAAAAAAUUCAAUUAGCAGCUGA